GGGUUAGUGACUUACACUCCAAUUCUCACAUCUACAAGGAACAAAAAAUGCCACCGACUUUAUUUCAGAAACUCUUUAAUAAGCGGAAUGGCUUAAUUUCCCCCAAAGGUUCGAAGGUGGACAAUGCCUUCAGCGUGAUCACUUGACUUUCAUUUUCUGCUGGAGAAUGUUGGCAAAGCAGAAGUAAAUUUAAUCCAUCUCUCUCUUUCCUAUAACUGAAGAAGCAUGGAGAAAAUUGAAGGAUUGACCAAGCAAUAGUACUCAUGCACUUCAAAGUAAUGGUUAUGAAAAUGUAUUGAUAAAAUCAUAUGAACGUGUUGGCACAACAUCUUUCUCGGUGAAUCAUGCAAUGGAGGCUGAACUGGCCAGCUCCAGAGUUCAAUCCCAGCCAGGUAAGACUUAUUGUCUACCAAGAUUGUGAGCGACGAGGAAGAAAUGUUCUGUUUGACUCUAAAGCAACAAAGAAAACUGAGGAAAAUUCAGCUUCAAAAGUUUGCAGUGAUAUCCAAGUGAAGAUUCUUGAGAAAUACUGUCAAACAAAAUGUAGCACAUGUACCAGCUCUUCAGACAGCCUCUCUUCCUCAUCAUCUUCAGCUCCAAAUGCUAAGGAUCAAUCUUCUAAAUGCCAGAAUUCUCGACCAUCCUCGGAUGCCAACAUGCUUGGUGAAAUGAUGUUUGGCUCCGUGGCAAUGAGCUACAAAGGUUCCACGUUAAAAAUCCACCAGAUACGGUCUCCACCUCAACUAAUGCUUAGCAAAGUUUUCACAGCUCGUACUGGAGGUAGUGUCACUGGAAGUCUCAAUACGUUACAAGACAGCCUGGAAUUUAUUAAUCAGGACACUACUGCAUCAAAGCCUUAUCCAGAUCAAAAUGUUUUGAUGAACAGUCUUAUAGGUUUUUCGCAGCUUUGCAGCCCUAGGCGGGCACCAGGUGUUUCUGAGCCAGCACCGCUCCGCCUGAUCCGGAGCGCUUCUUUCUUUGCAGUUCACAGCACCCCAAUGGACAUGCCCAGCAGAGGAAUCAAUGAAGAUCGAGACAGUGGAAUAACACGAUCUGCUUCCUUGAGCAGCCUGCUUAUCACUCCAUUCCCUUCACCAAGCUCCUCGCUUCCAAAUAGUUGUGCAAGCAGCUAUCAUCGUCGUUGGCGCCGCAGUCAGAAUACUAGUCUUGAAAAUGGAGUUUUUCCCAGAUGGUCAGUAGAGGAGAGCUUUAAUAUGUCUGAUGAAAGCUGCAGUUCGAAUCCCUCCAUUGUUCGAAAAAAGAAGAUUGCUAUUGGCAUUAUAUUUUCACUGUCGCUAGAUGAAGAAGAGAAUAACAAGUUUCAUGAAUUCUUCUUUGCUCAUUUUCCACUCUUUGAGAGUCACGUCAACAGACUGAAGUUUGCUAUUGAGCAGGCUAUGAAAAUGAGAAAUAGAAUUUCUGAGACAAACCAACGUGUCCUGGGUUACAGUAGAAUUGUAGAUGCUUUAAAUGAAUUCAGGACUGCGAUACAUAAUCUUUACACAAUGCCAAGGAUUACGGAGCCUGUAUGGUUAACCAUGAUGUCGGGAACACCUGAAAAAAACUUUCUAUGCCAACAGUUUAUGAAGGAGUUUGCUUUACUUAUGGAACAAACAUCAAAGAACCAGUUUCUGCCAGCCCUGAUUACUGCUGUCCUCACAAAUCAUCUUGCCUGGGUCCCAACAGUAAUGCCAAAUGGUCAACCACCUAUUAAGAUUUUCUUGGAAAAACAUUCCUCUCAAAGCGUGGAUAUGCUAUCAAAGUCAAACCCUUAUAACCCCCUAUGGGCCCAGUUAGUCGAUCUACAUGGUGCAAUAGGUUCUCCGGUAAGAUUAGCCCGGACCGUGCUGAUUGGUAAACGACAGGAAUUGGUUCAGCGGCUGCUUCAUUUCCUCACAUACUUCAUUCGAUGCUCUGAGCUCCAGGAAACCCAACUGGUGGUAGAAGGAGAUGGUGAAGCUGAAGUGAGUGAGUCAGUAAUGACCACAUCCCUGGAGAAAGGAGAGGUGGAAGAGUCAGAAUAUGUUGUGGUUACGCUUCACAGGAAUAAAAGUUCACUUUUUCCAACCAUUUUGCAAAAUCAAAACUCUCUUUCACGGGACAGUGCUGCGAGUAUCUAUCGGAGUGAGAAGUGUCCCCUUCAUACUGCUAAAGAGCAACAUGAUAUUACUAGGCAGGAAGAAACAAAUGAUGCAUUCAUACGAUGUCACAGGAAGUUUUGGAAAGCCAAUUGCAGUCCAAGCAGUUGUAGUACAAAUCUUGCAGCUCUCAGCGGAGAAGGUACCAUCAAGCAAUACAAAGAAAGCACAAAUUACCUUCAGGAAGCUAAAACCGAAACAGUGCUUUCUGUCAAAUCUGCUGUUGUAGACCAAAACCUCAUCAUAGAGCCUAUAAUCGAGAAACUGCCUCCUGAUAAACAGCUGUCUACUUCUGUACCCUGUAGUGCAAAUCAACUCCAGAAAAGUCCCAAUUCAAUGGAAAAAGUUACAUUUCAGAUUGGUUACUCACUGUCCCCUGACUCUGAUACCGAAGCCAAGAGAAAUGAGGUCAAUGAGGCACUACAGAAGGGCAUUGAGGAGCUCAAAAGAACACAGAUAGAUGAGGUAUUGCCCAUAACUCUGGACCAAAGCAAAACUAGCAGGAUAAAGGACUCAUUAACCAAUUCAUCCAAUUCUAAAUGGGAUCCUACACUUGAAGGAAGUAUGAGCCUUUUUGAUGAGUAUUUUACUGAGGAUAAUUUAAUAGAAACAAAGACCAUCGAUGAUCUUCCUAAAGAGGGUCAGCAGAAAGUUGGGCAACAAGAUAUUUCAAAAGUAGGACUUUGUAUUCGGGACAAUGAACAGCAACGUGACUUGAAUGGGAACAGUUGCAUGUGCACUUGUAAGGCAUAUGGAAUAGAUUUAGAUUCACAUGUACUCAGUUCUGCUGAGCAGGACUAUAGAGACAAGGUCUCUAUUAAUGACCCCUGUGGGGAAGAAGACCGUCUUCAGAAAAAAGCACCCUUUGGAGUUGAAUGGGACAUCCCUCGAAAUGAGAGCUCAGAUAGUGCCUUGGGUGACAGUGAGAAUGAAGAUGCAGCUCAUGAGUUGUCUAGACAUAGUUACUACAGUACAGAGCAGGAUGACUGGCUGGAACAGAUGGAGCUACCUUUCCCAGGGUCAUAUGUAGUUGAAAUAAGCUGCAAUAAACCCAGUAUGGCAAAUUUUGGAAGGUCCCUUUUUGGUGGCUAUUGCCCUUAUUAUGUAUCUGACUUUGUUCUGCAUGGAACAGGCAGUGACGAAAAGCUGAAGCAGUGUUUGGCAUCAGAUUUAACGCACGCUGUACAACAUCCAGUGUUGGAUGAACCAAUAGCAGAAGCUGUCUGCAUUAUCGCGGACUUGGAUAAGUGGUCAGUGCAGGUUGCAAGUAGCCAGAGACGCACUACAGACAGCAACAAACUUGGCAAAGAAGUACUUGUAUCCAGUUUAGUAUCUAACUUGCUUCAUUCCACUCUUCAGCUCUACAAACUAAACCUCUCGCCAAACUUUUGUAUAAUGCACCUUGAAGAUCGGCUGCAGGAGCUGUAUUUCAAGAGCAAGAUGUUGUCAGAAUACCUUAAGGGCCAAAUGAGAGUACAUGUCAAGGAAUUGGGCAUGGUAUUGGGGAUCGAAUCCAGUGACCUGCCCUUGCUGGCAGCUAUAGCAAGCACUCAUUCACCGUAUGUAGCCCAGAUUCUGCUUUGAAUUGCUCAAUUGCCAAGUCAUGUUAAACCAUUGCAAGGGAAAGGAUUGCACAGACUGGAAGACAGCACCAAAUUCUCUACAUUCUCCAAAUUUUGUAAAUCUUGCUUAAGCGACAAAGCAUCUGUUUUAGCUGCAUGGAAAUGCUACACACAAAAUCACAAUGGCAGGGGAAAAGAGGCUCUGUUUCAAGGCAAAACAGUCACCUUUCUCAACACUCUUAAACUGUCCACGGUCAAAACAACAAUGGAGAAUUUUGGAAGAGGAGACCAAAAGGGAAAGUGAAAUGUUCUUCAGAGUGAGUGUUUGAACAACCACAAUUUGAAACCAAGAGCAUGACAUCACUGUUUUGUCUUCUGAUUAAUCUAGAACCAUGACCUUGCACAUUUGGAAACUUUUUGACUUCAGGGAAGUCAGACUAACCUCUCCUGUUCUUACUGAACCUGAAAAUAUAUUUACGUGUUUUUAUUUUUUUGUACCCUUAUGGACAGAGUAUUUGGAACGAAAUGUUUUGUACGUUUACUUUUACAAAAGCCCUAUUAAGAAUAAACUUCAAAAAUGUCUUUUAAUGUUUUAGGAAGUACAUUGAUGUAACUGACAAGCGGUAAACAAUGCUAAUCAUUGCCUUUUAAUUGGUGAAAUCAUUAUCUCUGAUUGCUGUUGCUAUCAUUUAAGCAUUGAAGCAAUGAAUAUAUGGGGAAUAUAGUCAAUAAAAUCAUAUAGGAAAGCCUCA